UCUACUUGUAUAGCAUUUGAUUCGUUCUUGGGUGUAUCAAGGAAUCGGCAUUCGUUUACAUGGAAUUCAAGUUAUAAAUACUUUAACACGCGUGUGAAAUUCAAAGCAACAAUCAAUUUGAAUUACAAUAAACGCAUCUACGCAGCGGGCAGAACCCUGGACUACAUCUACCUUUCAUCUAUACUGCAAACCGAAGCCCAACGUUUUAUCUACUAUCGUUACACACAGAUACUUAGCAUUUAGUUUUAUUAAACACGAUACAAUAAUGCAUACUUUCUCGAAUCAUCCUAUCGGUUUGCUGCCUGUAGAGCAAAACUUUGAUCCCAGCAAACCAUCGAUAAGAGAUUUUUUUGCUGGACGAGAUAUUUUUAUAACUGGCGGUACCGGAUUUAUGGGUAAAGUACUGAUUGAGAAGCUAUUGCGUUCGUGCUCGGAGCUCAACAACAUCUUUAUUUUGAUACGCGAAAAAAAACAAAAGACGAUUGACGAACGCGUGAAGGAAAUUCAACAAUUGCCGCUAUUCGAAAAACUACGUAAAGAAGCGCCUGAUGUGCUUAACAAAAUGGUACCUGUGCAUGGUGAUGUUUCGCUUCUUGGCCUCGGGCUUAGCGAGAGUGAUGUUGAUCGUAUGCACAAUGUGUCAGUCAUCUUUCACGUCGCCGCCAGUGUGCGCUUUGAUGAUCCACUUAAGACUGCUAUCCUGCUAAACACUCGAGGCACUCGUGAGCUGGUUCGCUUCUCAGAAAAAUUGACCAAUCUUCGGGUCCUGAUGCACGUAUCUUCCACCUACUCAAAUCCGGAUCGGUAUGUGAUAGACGAAGAGGUAUAUCCAGCAUAUGCAAACUGGCGCGAUACAAUACGUAUAGCGGAAACGUUUGACGAGGAAACGCUUGACGUACUGGCCCCAAAAUAUAUGGGGUUUCUACCGAAUACAUACGUCUUCACGAAAAGCCUUGCGGAGCAGAUUGUAAAUGAACACAAGGAUCGUUUGCCAAUGAUUCUUUUUCGACCGUCAAUCGUUAUAUCUUCGAUGAAAGACCCCAUCCCGGGCUGGAUGGAUAACUUUAAUGGGCCAGUCGGGCUGCUCGUUGGGUGCGGCAUUGGUCUUUGCCGCACAAUGUAUUGCGACCCAAACAAUAUUGCCGACUUUACACCCGUCGACGUGUGCAUUAAAGCAAUGAUUGUCGCCGCUUGGAAACGAGGUACCGAACCCCUUUAUAGUACAUCAACGGACCUGCCAAUCUACAACUGUUGCAUUUCGAAUCUUCGUAACUCAACCAUGUCACAGAUAGUGGAAUUGGGUCGCUCUCUGUCCGAUGAGAUUCCUUUAGACAGGUGCAUUUGGGCUCCUGGCGGAGGCAUAACACAAGUUCGACUCUACAAUCUUAUACGUGUCCUAUUGUAUCAUAUAUUACCUGCAAUUUUCAUUGAUGGAAUAUUUCGGUUGAUGGGACAAAAGCCAUUCUUAGCCAAAUUACAACGUAAAAUAUAUACAGCAAACGUGGCUCUGGAAUACUUUAUUUUGAAUAACUGGGAUUUCAAAAACAGUAAUUUCAUCGAACUUGCUUCAGAAAUAAAACCAGAGGAUAACAAAGAUUUUUACUAUCGUGACUUCAUAGAGUUUGACGUUACGUUGUAUUUUCGAAAUUGCAUUCUAGGAGCUCGGAGAUACUUGUUGAAAGAGAAAGAUGAGAAUAUACCGAAGGCACUUGCGCACCUGAAGAGAAUGAAGUUGCUUGACAAAGUUUGCAAAACGAUAAUCGUUGCAUCCUUUUUGUAUAUAAUUCUUAUUCAGUUUGAUCUUCUAGGUAUAAUUCUAUAUCUUUUUUCCUACAGACCGUUUUAUGCCCUGGACUUAGAUUGUAAAUAAACUAUGCGAUCAUAAAUGCCUUUAUCUAAAUUAACAAAUAACAUCACCACAGCAUGUUUGUGUGUGAUAUUAACAUAUCUAUAUGGUGGUACGGACAUAAGAUAAGUGGUGUUUAAAAUUUAAGAAUCAAACAUACAAAAUUGAAUAUUCAACACAUAAAAUGUCGUUACAGUUACGUU